AUGAAUAUUUCAACAUCUAAUCAAACAAAAAUAAGAAGACUGAAAAAAGUAGAGGAGGAAGAAAAUGCAGCUACUUUACAACUAGGUCCAGAGUUCCAAUUGCAACAAAUUAAUCAUCAAGGUGAAGUUGAAGAACUAAUAGCGUUGAAUUUGAGUGAGUCUCGUUUAUUGAUUAAAGAAGCUCUUGUGGAGCGUAGAAAAAUAUUUAAAAGAUCACAAAAGGGUAAACAAAUAAGUGAAGGUUUGAAUAGUGGAGAAGAAGAUAAUGAAGAUAAAGAAUUCAUGCAGGCUGAAACACGUGAGAAGGAAUUAGAUUCAUUGGAUUUAUUGCUAGAACAAACUACUGGUGGUAAUAAUAAAGAUUUAAAAAACUCAAUGGGAUAUUUAACAAAUUUUUCAAGAUUCAGAGAUCAAGAAACCGUUGGUGCAGUUAUCCAAUUAUUAAGAAGUACAGGGUUACAUCCAUUUGAAGUUGCUCAACUAGGUUCUCUUGCUUGUGAUACAGCUGAUGAAGCAAAAACAUUGAUUCCUAGUUUAAACAAUAAAAUAUCAGACGAUGAAUUAGAAAGAAUCUUAAAGGAAUUAUCAAACUUGGAAACUCUAUACUAA